AUGCCCCGAUCUUACUCCGAAGAUAUAAUAGACUCUGAUUCAGACGCCGACUCCCCAAACCCGCUCGCUGCAGCCCUCGUAACCCGCGCCCACAGACUCCUGGACUCCCUCGAGUCGCUGCAGACCCACCUGCGCCGACACUCGCUAACAAAAGAGGUUGAAAUCCGACCCUUCGCGACCUCGCUACGCAGCGAAACGCGCAUGCUUGAGGCCCUCGCCGCUACCCCGCCCACCCCAGAAUCCACACACUCCAUGCGCAGUUCGAACUUGAGUUACCUGGAGGCCGUGUGGAAAUGCGCACGUGCACAAGUGGGCGUUCGUGGAAUCUGUCAAAGCUUUGGGUUUGUUGAUAAGGAGGGCAAGGCGGGGGAUUGGGGUGGUGGGCACUCUAAGGAGAGGAAGGGCAAGAAAGGGAGCGUUUGCGUGGAUGUGGUCGCUGGGAAUGGGCUCGUCUGGAUUAAGGUUUCCACCAUCACGGCAGAGAGGGUUGUGCAUUCGCUGGCGAAGGGUGGGUGGGAGGAUGCAGAGGGUGAGGUUGGGCUCGUCAAGUGUGUCAGGGGGUUAGUGAAGGCGAGUGGGUGCUUUAGGGUGCAGUAUUUACACCCCAGUGUACUUGUCUGGCUGCCGAGUUUAUUGUUGGAUGGUGGAGGGGAGGGGGCGCAGGGGGAGGAGAGGGUUGCAGUGGAGGGGUUCAUUAAGGCGAUUAUGGCGGAAGGGGCUAGAGUGCAACUUGGCUCUGGGGCUAUCCUGGGUGGGGAAGAAGACCCGAUAGCAGCUGCGAUAGAAACAUCUGCUGAAAAAGCGCUCCAAGAAAUGAUAAAACCCCUAAUCACAACCUCCACAACCAUAAACCUCGACGUUACAAUCCUACUGGCCCUGGUCUCAGACAUAACCCACGGCCCGGUGGCCAUCCAGGAGCGCUUCCACCCCGCCAUACACCGCCAAUUAGCGCUCGAGUCCUCCGGCCGCCGCAUGGGCGAGGAAAUCUAUCCGCUCCUGCACGCCCGCACCCUCCUCACCACGGUCACGGCGAAAAAGCGCUUUGUGGAGAUCGUGGACAUUGUCGGCAGUUCCAGCGAGAAGGAGCGCACGAGAAUGGUCCUGGAAGGGCAGGCGGAGGAGGGGGAGUGGGAGGGGCUAAGCACGUAUGGACUCGACCAUAACAGUGCCGGAGCGAGUGGGGGGAAGUGGGAGCUGAAGUUGCCGGUUGGCGUCAUCGAAGACGACUGGGCUCCUGAGAAUCAACCGCAGCAGAGGAUUGUGGCCAAGUUAAGCACUGUGAAUAGGGCUGUGUUCGUGACCGGCUGGAAGAAGGGCUUCACUACGAUUACCUCGAAUCGCACUGUUGCGAAGACUAUUGAGGGGCUCAUCGAAGAUGGGGAGACUGGACCGGAUAUGUUUGUUUUGAAUACCAGUCGGAGUCUUGUGGGGAAGGCUAAGCGGAUUGAUGUUUGA